AUGAUUCACUCAGUACUCAUAUUCAAUAACGAUGGUGUCCCCAGACUAAUGAAGUUUUACACCAAUGUCGAUAUACCGACGCAAAAGUUACUUCUUCAACAAGUACACCAAUUAAUAUCAGUACGAACAGCUCAGGAAUGUUCAUUCAUAACACCACCAAAACUUCUUGAAGAUUUAGAUGAUAUCAAAGUCAUUUAUCGUCACUACGCAACCUUAUACUUUGUGUUUAUUGUCGACGAUCAAGAAUCAGAAUUGGGUAUAUUGGAUCUAAUUCAAGUAUUUGUUGAAUGUUUGGAUAAGUGUUUUACAAAUGUUUGUGAAUUGGAUCUAGUGUUUGGUUGGCAAGUGUUGCAGACCGUUUUGGAGGAAAUUGUGCAAGGUGGGAUGGUAAUUGAUACAAAUAUAGGUAGAAUCGUUUCUGCUGUUGAUGAAGCCAAUAGUCAGAGUAGUAAUGGUGGGCCCGGUGUUAGUGGUAGCAGUGCCGCCGCUUCAAUUAGCCAAUCCAUUUUGCUGUCGUUGUCUAGAGAUAGAGGGUUCUGGAGUAGGUAA